CUGAAAAGAGCAGACCAAGGAUGCGUUCGGGGAGCACGCUACUAACGCUACCGCGUUCUUCUAUCUUUAUUGUUCCUUAGAUAUACAACAAAGAUAGAAUGACACUGAUAACGCUGAAUAGCGCUAAUAGUGAGUUCCCCGAACGCACCUCAAUCAGACUUGCUCUCGCGUGUUAUGUGACAUAGUAAUCUUAAAUUAUAUUACACAAUGUUAGAAAAAACUUCCGGACCGGAUAAUCAACUAUCCAAAGAAGAUUAUUUAAUAAUGAGAGCAAAAGAAGCUCUACCUGUCGACAUAUAUGCGGCUAAAUCAUGGUUAAUUACAGCAAAAUCUUUAUUUCCACAUAGUGCAAAGGUUCAGUUUGAGGCUUAUCAUAUUGAGAAACUAUCAAAAAAUGUAAAAGAAGCUGCUAAAUGUUUCAGUGAAAUAUUUCAGAACUUCCCUGAUGAUCGCGAUAUAUGGAAAGAGAUAGAGACAAUAACAGCUUGUCUUCGUUCAGAACAAUGUGAUCCAGAAGCAGAAUUUUUAUGCCAAAUGUUUCAACAUAUUCCACAGGAAUUACAGCAUAGAUUGCUUGUAAUGACAGCUGAUCAUAGUGAAGAUACAAUGGAGCAUUGCAAAUUGUUGCUGUUGUUACUACGUAGGUUUCCUCCAACAAUUGCAACUCAUGGACCACGUUUAGUAGAAACAUUGUUAACAGCAGAGAAACAUAGUCACCCAGGUCGAGCAGUAAAUGGUUUCAGAAGAUUAUUGGCUUGUGAUGCAUUACCGCUACUUGGUACAGCUCCUGUAGAACUGAAUACUCGUCUCAGUUUACGAUUGCUUUGUAAAGCUAUAGAAUUCUAUUUGGCAUAUAUACAGCAACCACAAGAUGCACAAAUACAAAAUCCAUGGGACAGGCUUUUCCAAAUUGUAGAAUUAAUGGGCAAGAAAUUGGGAUGGGAGUUGAGCAAUCUGUUUUCUAUGCCUUGGAACCGUGAGGCGUACAGUGAAAGACUGCAACAGUAUGCUAUCUCACAUAGUACAGUUCCUUGCGAUGAGGUCAUAGUCAAACAAUUAUUGAUGUGCACAAUUGUAGUAUUAUUAAGGCUAUUGAAUGAGCACACUGUUCUUAUGAACAAUGACGAUAUUACGUACUGUCUCGUGGAAGCUUUCGGGGAAGAAGUUCAUAUUCCUGCAGAACCCAAAUUGAAAAAACGGAAACGUGAAGAGAAUGGAGUAAUAAUAACCAGUGACAAUGACUAUAGUGGCAAUGGUUUAGCAUUAGCAGUAAAGUUAUGGGACUUAUUACAAAGUACUGACCAUCUCCAGAGAGAAAAAGCUAAACUGAUCCAACAAUUACGACUAGAAGUCUGGUUAAAUACCUUUUUAACAGAUUUGGCAAUGUACAAAGGUUUACAUCAUGAAGUAUUGGCUAGAUUAUCGCAGGAAAGUGGUAGUUUAUCUGUCAAUCUUCGCUUAGCUGGUACAAAUUUUUAUCUGAAAAAUUAUAAGAUUAUGUUGGAACAUAUUGUUUUAGUAGCAAACUCUUUACCAGUUGUAUCAGGAAAAGUAUCUCACAAUUUAACAGCUCCAAGUAUAAGGCACUUACAUUACUUGACUCUUGCUCGUUUCCCUAUUUUGCAAUAUUGUUGUAAAUUGCUUCUUUUAUCUACAAAGGAUAAGGAUAGUAGGGAUUUUUCCUUACCUGGAGGCGUUGGAGAUUUAGCUAUUGGACAUGCAUUAGUUCUAAUGCAGAUAGAUUGGCCACAGGAGGCUAGUACUUUAUGUACAAUGAUAGAAAGAAUCAUCAGUCGCGGGAGUUUCGCUUAUCCGUUGUUCCAAACGUAUAUUAUAUGCGUAGAUAUUUUAGAAGAAUUAAUAUAUUUAUGGACCGAACAUGGACAUGGAAUAUCUCUGGACAUAGCUACGAACUCGGGAGUAUUACAAAAUCGCCGCAUCACUACUCGUGGUGCUGAUAAAGGAGUACGUGAGGAGAUCAAGCAAAUUAUGCGUCGACAAGCCGCACGAGACGGUAUUGACUCUUUGGAUGAAUUAUUGCAGAAAUUUAUUGUCAACGAGAAAAAUGCCAUUCUGCAUACUUUAAUUAUCCAAUGACUACAUAUAGUUUCCUAUCAUUUAUUAUCAUAGCUUGCAUUUGAUAAGAAUUUUUAUAUUAUUUUUAUAUUAUUUAAAACUGCAUACGCGAAAUCCAUAACUCCAAUCUGUUUCGCAGGUUGCACUUAAUGGCAAUAAAUAAUAUUUUGUAAUUUAGAAAAUAUUUUUCAAAACAUUGUACAAAUUUAUACAAUUAAAGAGUAUGCCAAUAUUA